AAAGAUUCGGCUUCCCCAAACCGACCGGGUACUCCAUUUCCCACUGGCUGGGAUCGGUGCAGGGAGAUCCGCUGCUGAACCAUCGAACCACCCCAGAGUUACCGCAGUCGGUAGAUAUCGUGAUCAUCGGAUCGGGCAUGUCCGGAACCGUGGCUGCCAAACACCUCACCGAAACCUGGCCUGCUAAGAAAAUCGUGGUCAUCGAGGCUCGUCUGUUUUGCUCCGGUGCUACCGGUCGCAACGCCGGCCAUUGUAAGCCAGACCAGUGGAGAGGGUUUCUGGAGUACGAGCGACAGUUUGGCACUGAGCAGGCCCUGAAGAUCCUGCAGAAUGAACAGCAGACAUGGUCCGAGCUAGUACGCUACAUUCAGGAAAACAAUGUCGAGUGCGAACACUGGACUGGACCCACAUUGGAUGUUCCCAUUACCCCCGAAGCCGCGCGCAAAGCCCGCACUACCUUUGAGCGGUACAAGGCCGCCGGAGGCAAGGUUGAUCAUAUCAAAGUGACUCACGACCCUCAAGAAGCAGCGGAGAUCUCCCAAAUGAAAAAUGCCCAAGCAUGCUACGCGUGGCCGGCAUCCACACUGCACCCGUGGAAACUGGCGGCCCAUGUGAUGCGGGAGAACAUGCGGAGAGGCGUCAACCUGCAGACCAAGACCAAAGCUGUCGCGGUUGUUCCUUCUGAGAAGACGCCGGGUCAGUGGGUCGUGAGAACCGAACGCGGUGACAUUGAGUGCGCACAGGUCGUCCAUGCUACCAAUGCGUAUAGUUCCGCCCUCGAGCCGUCUCUUCGGGGCUUGAUAACUCCCCGUCCCCAGAUGUGCAAUCGAGUUACGAUCCCUGAGAGUGCUACGGAUUUUUCCGGAUUCGAGAACUCUUAUGGUAUUCUCCUUGGUCGGGACGACCUGAUUAGCAUCAAUCCCCGCCUGAAUGGCGAUGGCGCCGUGCUGUUUGGCGGCAGCAACCCUGGCCAAGGGGAGUUUAUGAAGUGGCUAGACCGAAAUCCGGAGCGGUGCAUUGAUGAUGGUAUGACCGGGCAUGACGCGAUCAAUAAGGCUGUUCAAGCGUUCGCGAUCGGUGAAGUGAAGGGGUGGACCGCCGAUGAAUUGCAGCAACAAGAGCCUUACACGCAUGCUUGGAGUGGUAUCAUGGGAAUGGUGAGAACGCGAUGAUGCUAGACGUGAAGCUAUCAGGACAGGAGCUAACUGGAGACCAGAGCGCAGACGGAGUGCCAUUUGUCGGAGAGCUGCCUGGGCUUGCGGGUCAGUGGGUUUGUGCUGGUCACAACGGGCAUGGUAUGGCUCGUAUUUUCACCGCUGCAGCAGGCUUGGUCAGGCUGAUGGCUGGGAGUUCAUGGGCUGAGUCGCAGCUGCCUGAAGUUUUCCAAAUCACGGUGGAAAGAGCUGAGCGGUUAAAAGAAGGCUGCAGAGCGUCAGCUGCGGUUGCCGCUCGGAUUUGAAUGGAUGCACAAUAUCAAACGCCGCAUAAAAUCUCGUGUUCUGUACAAUUGAGUUGACCCAUAAGAGAUGCACUAGAUGUACGAUCUACAACCUCCAUGGUUGGAGAUACAAACAAAGCUGCUUUCAAACAUUAAGUGCUUCGGACCAC